AUGUCGGCUUCACCGGAUUCAUCUGAUAAUUCAAAUACAAAUAUUUCUUUCAUGACAUCAAGCAAAGGUCAGCGAUUAUUAAUUAUGAAUGAACAUGUAUAUAGAUGCAACAAGACGGUUCGUAAGAAAUAUUGGAUGUGCGUUGUUAGUGGAUGUUCAGUAGUUGUUCAUACAGAUGAAAAUGAUACGUAUAUAUGUGGUGGUAAAUAUGAUCACAAUCAUGAGUCAAAUUCAGAUUUAAUUCAGAAAAAACGUCUUCGUCAACAAAUGAAACAACGUGUUUUGAAUGAAUUAACUCCAAUUGGUACGAUAUAUGAAGAAGAAAUAGCAAAAUCAUCGCUCAGUGCUUCCGGUGUUGCUACGUUUCCAACACACCAAGAAAUUCAUCAAACUUUUGCGAAAGCUCGUCGAAAAAUGGUUCCUUCGCUUCCUCAAUCAUGUUUAUUUACCAUUCCGGAUCAAUAUACAUUGACCUCCGAUGGCAAAAGAUUUUUACUAAUGGACGAGACACGUGUAAGACGUGAACGUCUUCUCGUAUAUGCAAGUGAUAUUCAACUUGAUAUAUUAUUUGAUUCACAAAUUAUAUACAUGGAUGGUACUUUUUCAAAAGCGCCACCUCAUUUCAUGCAAAUUUAUAUCAUUCAUGGAAUCAAACACGAUGCAUGUAUGCCAUGUGUAUUUGCAAUGACUGUUAAUAAAAAGGCCGUCACUUAUCGCCAGAUAUUUUCUGAACUAAAGCAUUUGGCUUCAGAACGUGGUAAACACUUUUCACCGAAUUUAAUUGUUACAGAUUUUGAAUCUGGUGUUAUUCCGGUAGUCAAAACAGAAUUUUCAUCAUCAAAACAUUAUGGUUGUUAUUUUCAUUAUACGCAAUGCAUUUACAAACAAAUACAACAAUUAGGAAUUCAACAGCAAUAUUUCAAUGAUGAAACUCUACGUGGUCUUUGUAAGAAGCUAAUGGCCCUGGCCUUGAUGCCACAAGAUACAGUAUUGGCUGGAUAUAAUGAAAUUCGUACUAAUGCUGAAAGUUUACAAGAUGCACCAAUAAAACAGUUAUUAACUUAUUUUGAAAAUAAUUGGUUAUCGGAUCUUGAUAUGUGGAAUGUAUCUACGACUGAUUCAAGAACAAACAAUGUGUGUGAAGGUGAUAAUGAAUGA